UAGUCCUUUGAAACCAGAAGGUGGUUUCUCUGCAGAGAUGAAGUUCACCUUUGCCUUUCCCACCUGGCAGUUCGUGGCGUUCUUGGGAAGAAGUUUCUGCUUCACAGUCGAACAGGAAGGAUGUUGGUUUUGGGGAGGCGGCGCCAGUGAGGGUGGAGCUUGCCGUCCUAACAACCAUAGGUGUCCCGGCAAGGAGUGCACAGGAGGGGAUCAGGGUACCGAAGUAUUUACGUACAGCGGUGCUGAGGAGUCAGUCUGCGCAGAGCAGGAUCGAUGCAUUCGCUGACAGCAAAGUGUGUCAGUAAAGUUAAUUUAUAAAUGUUGUGGAAUACCACGUGCCGUGGAGGCAGACGUGUUCCUUUCGUAUGAGUGAAGCGCCCCAAAUCGUAAGAGAGAAAGGAGUUGGGGUGCGUAAGGAUGCACGUGAACUUUCCUUCAUAGAUUUGAUCAACUACAUGCUACGUUUCUGGAUGUGAUGCUCGUAUUUGACUUCGCUUCUCAUGGUGUUACUAGCCUGGAAGAUAACGUGCAGUUGUGUCCUUACUCAAAUCAGCAUCACACGCAGUUAACGUUGCCUUGGACUUUACUGAGCCAGCUAUAAAAAGGAAAACUUUUGUGCAUUUGGUAAUCUGUUAACAUAAAGCCCAAUUCAGAAUCCUAGGUUACGGUAGUAGUCAAAGGAGUUCAUAAAUGCUAGACAUUGGAAUGACAUUAAAGCUUUUAAGAUUCAUUUUUGAGAACAUUAGUUAUUUUAUUAAUAAUGACUAUGAUAUUGCUAUUGGGCAAUGCUAACAAUUUUCAGGUGGGUCGAUACAACUACAGAGUUUUUCCAAUUGAUUUAGUGCAGUACUUUUUCCUCAGAGAAUGCUGUGACGGUAGCUGCUCUGGCUUAAUUCCCUUCCCCGAAGAGCUGGCAACCUCCACUGAUCCCACCCCCUUUCUUGCUGUGAUGGCCAUUCCCUCCCAAUCUCCUAAUGCAACACAUACUAUAGCUGCCUCCCAUUUCUUAUCUCUGUGCCCAGGUUAGAUUAGGAGGGUCUGAGUCACAAACAGAAUGUCCCCUUCCUUUAGUGCAUGUUCUGGCACACGUUGUGCUAAGCAGCAGGAGCAACAGCUUCCCUUUUCUUCUGAUUUAAGUAGCAUCUGCUUCUUAUAUAACUAAACAGACUUUGGAGUGAAUUCCUUAGGCAUGGAAAAUUGUACAUCAAGGAACAGCCAGGACGGAAAUGGCCUGAAAGACAGAAUUAUCCGAGUGGGCACCAGGAAGAGCCAGCUGGCUCGGAUUCAGACUGACAGUGUGGUCGAGAUGCUCUGCAAGCAAUACCCUGGCCUUCACUUUGAGAUAGUUGCCAUGUCAACAACUGGAGAUAAGAUUCUGGACACGGCUCUUUCCAAGAUCGGGGAGAAGAGUCUUUUUACCAAAGAGCUGGAAAAUGCACUAGAAAGAAACGAAGUUGACCUGGUGGUUCACUCCUUGAAGGACCUGCCAACAUCGCUUCCCCCUGGCUUUACUAUUGGUGCCAUCUGCAAAAGGGAAAACCCACAUGAUGCUGUUGUGUUUCAUCCUAAGAGCUGUGGGAAAACACUCAAUGCCCUCCCUGACAAGAGUGUCAUUGGAACCAGUUCACUUCGGCGUGCAGCACAGCUCAAAAGGAGCUUUCCUCAGCUGGAAUUCAGGGAUAUUAGAGGGAAUUUAAACACCCGCUUAAAAAAGCUGGAUGAGAAGGAGGAUUUCAGUGCUAUAAUCCUUGCUGCAGCUGGACUGAGGAGGAUGGGCUGGGAGAAUCGUAUUGGUCAGAUUCUAAACCCUGAGGAUUGUCUGUAUGCUGUUGGCCAGGGUGCCUUAGCAAUAGAAGUUCGAGCCAAAGACCAAGAGAUACUGGAUAUGGUAUCUGCCCUGCAUGAUGGGGAGACAGUGCUGUGCUGCAUUGCUGAGAGAGCCUUUAUGAAACAUCUGGAGGGGGGAUGUAGCGUCCCUGUCGCAGUCAGCACCCUACUGAAAGACUCCCAGUUGUAUUUGACAGGAGCUGUCUACAGCUUGGAUGGUUCAGAUAGCCUGAGAGAAACUAUGCAGACCAGUGUUAAUUACCCACAGCAGAAUGAAGAUGGACCCAAUGAUGAUGUGCAGCACGUUGGUAUCACAGCCAAGAACAUUCCUCAUCGUGCUCAAGAGGCUGCAGAGAAGCUAGGUACCGAACUAGCCAGCUUGCUGCUGAGCAAGGGAGCCAAGCACAUCCUCAAUGUGGCAAGGCAACUCAAUGAUGCCCGCUAAGCCCACCCAUUAGUAGCGCUCAUGGGCAUGAUUCCUGCAAUCUUGUUGGGAGGUUUGAUGGAUAAAUGAGGGACUAAGCCUCUGUGGCUCCUGAGUAAUCACCCAUUGAGUUGCAAAGUCGUAGGUCAGACUUCAAAUAAUAAACUAGUUCCUGUAGGGGUCCGGAUUCCUGUUGAUAAGACUUAAUUGUAUUAGUGUUUCUCCUACUCAGACUCUUUUUUGGGAAGUCUUAUUUCAACAGCUUAAUUUUGUCCUAGAAAAUUUACCAAAAAGCUUGAAAACUGUCAUUUUAAAAUACAAUAAUAAAUAACUGAACACAAUCUUAAGUCAAGGACAGCACUGUUAAAAGGCUGAAAGGAGCUAGGGAAGGCUCCAUGACCAGCUGAAGUUUGUGUGCAUUCUCUUUGGGCCCAGUCUUGGAGCCGUUCAGUAAUUGGCAAAAAAGCUCAAAGGGAAAGAAGUCUUCACCUUUAACAUGAAGAAUUCGUGUUGCUUUCACUCAGAGAAUUUAAUGAGUGAAACUUGAGAGAUUUUGAUUAUUGACUUAACUGCAACAGGCACCAAUUUAAUUGUAUUUGAAAACCAUUUGGUAACCUGUUGCCAGAUAGAAUCAGUCAGUCAGGAACGGGGCACGUUUAUGUUGAAGUUCAACAUCAGGAAGUUAGCUUCUAAAUUAAAAGUCAGUAGAAAGUUUAGACUUGAGAAUACACACAAGUUGAACUUUACUAAUCUUUCCAGAUUUAGUUGCCAGUUCCUUCUAUAAAGACCACAGAUGGGACUGUACUUUCCACUGGUGAGUCUGCAUCUGCUCCAGAACGCACCAGUGCCUUCUAGAAACAUUUACAUUGCAUUGUACAGGAAUCCUGCUCUGCAAGUGAAAGUUAAUUGUUUACAUCUGUGCAAUAUCCACUGAAUGUAACAACCACUGAAUAGCCUAAAAAAGUUCUAAUUUAUGUUCAUUUAAGAUGCCUUUCCUCAGAAGGAGGGUUGACAUUUACACUGUUUCUAGCCAAGUGGUAGGUCCAAAUAAACCCUUCACAUGAUGAA